GUCCAUGGAGCUGCCAGUGUUGGUGGGGGACCUGAAGCUGGUCAUCAACGAGCCCAGUCGCCUGCCGCUGUUUGAUGCCAUCCGGCCCCUCAUUCCCCUCAAACACCAGGUGGAGUACGACCUGCUCACCCCCAAGAGGUCACGUAAGUUGAAGGAGGUGCGUCUGGAUCGUACUCAUCCUGAGGGUCUGGGUCUGAGUGUGAGAGGGGGCCUGGAGUUCGGCUGUGGUCUCUUCAUCUCACAGAUCGUCAAGGAUGGACAAGCUGGAAACAGUGGCCUGCAGAUGGGAGAUGAGAUUGUCCGCAUCAAUGGAUACGCCAUCUCUUCCUGUAUCCACGAGGAAGUCAUCAACCUCAUCAAGACCAAGAAAAUCGUGUCGCUCAAAGUCAGGCAGGUUGGGAUGAUACCAGUGAAGAGUUCCACAGAGGAGCCUCUGAAGUGGCAGUUCGUGGACCAAUUUGUGUCUGAUUCUGGG